AUGGAGUUCUUUCUCCCAUUUUCAGCGACUAUCGCAGCUAUUGUUUUUUCUUUUCUACUAAAAUUCCUGCUGCAAAGCAUUAAAGGAGAGAGAGUGAAGAACACAGAACCACCUCAAGCAAAGGGCCGAUGGCCGGUAAUCGGACACCUGCGCCUUCUUGGUGGACCCGAAUUACCUCACAGGGUCUUAGGUGGAUUGGCUGAUAAAUAUGGCCCCAUCUUCACCAUCAAGCUUGGUGUUCACAAUGUUUUGGUGGUGAGUAACGCUGAGAUGGCGAAAGAGUGCUUUACCACAAAUGAUAAGGUCUUUGCAAGUCGACCCAAGUCAAUGGCAGUAGAACACAUGGGCUAUAACUAUGCCAUAUGA